AUGAGCGCACCAAAAGCGAAAAGCUUGCGGCUUAGCUUUAAAGGUGACAAGCCAAAGAAGCGUAAGCGGAGCUCCACCAAGCACGACCAUGGGUCAUUGUCGAGCUCUCGAAAGCGCAAAGCUGGCUCAGCUUCGGAUGUGGAGGACGUGGGCGGUGACGAGCAAGCUUGGGUGCGCGUCGAAUCCGAGCGAGACCUGAAUGGACCAUGCUUCCUCUUCCAACGUCGAUCCGAAACAGCUGCUGCUGCGCAUUGUGUGGCGUUUCAGCCAACGCUCCAAAGCGUCGAAGCGGCAGCUAUUCUUCCAGGUAGUGACCAUAGCGUUAUUCAAGACCGAGCUGGCCUGCUCGCAUUUGAUCCUAAACUAGCAGAAGAGCUCGAGGAAGCACAGAUCGUUCCAGAUGCAGGUUCUUCGAACGAUAUCACUGGCCUGAUACCUACUUCAGUGUACCAAGUUUGGAUAGCAACCAAGGUACCGGGAAGCUCCGAGCCUGCGCGGUUCACCUUCAAGAGUGCAGAAGGCAAGUUUUUGGGAGCGGACAAGUCCGGUUUGCUACGUGCAAGAAUCGAGGCAAGAGGACCUCAAGAAGAGUGGACGCUCGAGGCAUCCGGAAAUGGGCUUUGGAAGCUGCGGUCUGUACACAAUCGUUACCUUGGUUCGGACCAGGUAGCAGGAGGGCGAACAGUCGUGCGCGCUGACUGCGAGCAUGCAGAUAGCGAGGCGAUAUGGAACAUUAAAGUACAGUGGAAGCACCGUCAUGCUGCCCGUCACCCUGGCGAUCCCAAAAGCACAUCUCGAACAAAGGCAAAUGACCCUACAGCCCUCCGAAUUGACCCACGAGAUCAAGUUAUUGCUCAAGAGCUGGAAACGUUCAAAUCCCGAGCAGGCUCACAAUAUCUACCUUCCAACUACGCCUCGAGCUUGUCAAAGGAGGAGCGAAGAGCGCUCCGAAAAGCUGAAAAGGAAGGGCGUCUCGCCGAAGAAAUGUUGGACCGUCGCAGUAAGCUAAAGAGCGACAAGUACGCAUGA